GGGUCAAAAUAUAUUCAGUAUAUUCUAAACAAGCGCGCGACGUGCUUACACGUCUUGUUCGUGCGCGCGAAUUCGUGUCUCGUUGGACGAAACGCUGAAAUUUCAACGGUGACUUUGUAUCAGUGUUACGAUUAAUACAUAAUAACAUAAAAUCAGUGCGUACGGAAUUAUUUCGAAAUGAGUUCAUGAUCUCUUGAUAAAUUGAACGGUUUUCGUGUGUUAAUUCGGAAGAGAAACAACGCGGCAGAAGAUACGAGAGGAAAGACUGCCAACUAGGUGGACUGCCCACGCGACAUUGAACAUCGAAGAGAAGGCAAAAAACAUCGUUCCAUUCGAAGUACAUACAUUGAUAGUUGACAUUUUUGUAAGAAAGAUCGCGAAAGGAGCGGGGAAAGCAUGGCCUUCGAUUCGACGGGAAAUCAAAUUGUACGCGUCGUCUGAGAUUCCGGCCCAAGCAUUCCCACGAAAAAGGUAUUAGUUCCUCGAACCGCGUUGUUGGUUUGCCUUCAAAGUUGUUCGAGUGGCGAACAAAGAGGAGGAAGAGGAGAACGAAGCGGACGACGAGCAAACAAAAAGGGAAGAAUCUUGCCAAUUACUGCCGCUCUGAAAUAAGAAUGGACCAUGAAGGAGCGCAGCGUGAGCUGGUAGUAGACGAGCGGUCGUCCUCUCGGUUGGCGGCUGGACGGUCAUCGACGGGAUCCUGCAACGCUGAAUCGUUCACCCUGCGGGUGUUGGCCACGGCAGGUACGAAGUCGACAGGUGCAAUAAUCGGGGGUGACCCGGUUGUUGCCGCCGGGGCGGCGAUGCGACGAUGAGCUCGCUGAGGAUACCGCUAUCUCUCCACACCCGACCAGAGCCCCGAGUAAUAAUAGGAAGGCGGCCGGGUCGGCUCGCGAGUCGUCGCAAGGUCGAGCACAGAGGAGCGGAAGCCGGUUCAAGGCCGAUAUUAGUCGCUUGGCCAUGGACCUCGAGGCGAGGAACGGGACCGGUGGUAACGAAGAGGAAUACACGAAUAUUUAUUUCAUGGUUGGGAAUCGCAGGGAGACGGCCACCUACAAAGCGGAUCAGGUCACGGACAUGGAGCUUAAGGAACUCUUUAGGAACGCAGCAGAGGCUGGACCUCUGGACAUCGUGAAGCUUUGCAAAGGGGACAAACUGUUGAACAUUUCGACUAAUUUGCCGGCGAACACACCCGAUUCUCCCUAUGUCCUUCAGAUCGUCGGAGCUCAUCCGGCCUCGUCGGGGGUGAUCGAGGCGGAAGUGCUGUGGGCUCUCGAGAGACGCGUGGCGGCCUUGGAACGGCAACUUCGGGAGCAUCAAGAAGCUCUUUACGCAUCGCCUUCGUUCGCUCUUCGUGAACUGAAGCGGCAGGUCGACAGUUUCAAGAACAAGUUGGAGCACAACGACCAACUCAGUUGGCUGAGUUUCUACAAACAGCUUCCAGAGCCUCUCUACGCGGAUUCCUGCCGCAGAUUGCAGUAUCGGCGGAAGAGCGACAGCAUGAAGCGGAAGGUGCGAGAAAAGUUCCUCAAUAUCUGCGACGUAUCGAUAUCGUCGAGCGUUCGGGAGUGGCUACGUUCACCGGCUUUCGAUGCCCGGCAAUGGGAGGACGAAGAACUUCUCCUUAUGCUGCAAACCAUGUUCGUCGAGCUGGACCUACCUCAAAAGUUUAACAUUCCUUUACCAAUCCUGAGGAAUUUCCUCUACGAAGUUUACAACAAUUAUAACGAAGUGCCGUUUCAUAACUUCAGGCACUGUUUCUGCGUGGCGCAAAUGAUGUACGCGAUAUCUUGGGCGGUGGAUCUACCGUCACGAAUCGGUGAUCUGGAGGUUUUUAUAUUGAUCGUCUCCUGCAUCUGCCACGACUUGGAUCAUCCAGGAUACAACAACAUUUAUCAGAUAAACGCCCGUACCGAGUUGGCGCUCCGUUACAACGAUAUUUCGCCACUGGAGAAUCAUCAUUGCUCCGUCGCGUUUCGCGUCCUCGAAGCCCCGGAAUGCAACAUACUGGCGUCGUUGGACAAUCCGACGUAUAGGGUGGUACGCGAAGGUAUCAUCAGAUGUAUUCUUGCCACGGACAUGGCCAGACACAACGAGAUUCUCGGCCAAUUCACCGACAUCAUCCCGGAAUUCGAUUAUUCGAGCAAGGCUCAUAUCAAUCUUUUGUCGAUGAUUCUCAUCAAAGUGGCGGACAUCAGCAACGAAGCUCGGCCUAUGGAAGUCGCGGAACCGUGGUUGGACAGGCUACUCCAGGAAUUCUUCAAGCAGAGCGACGCAGAGAAGCUGGAAGGGUUACCGGUUACACCGUUCAUGGAUCGCGACAAAGUGACCAAACCCUCGUCCCAAGUGAGCUUCAUCGGUCUCGUCUUGCUCCCUCUUUUCGAGGCCCUGGGGGAACUGUUUGGCAAGUCGCACGCAAGCCUGAAAACGGUCAAGGAUCGCAAGAGUUUGGACAUGGAGUUCGCGGAGAUCGACGUGCGCACGAAGAAGCAGCAAGAACACCACAAUCGUCACCACCAUCGCCAUCACCACCACCACCUCCACCACCACCACCAUCAGCCGGAGAUAAUCGUGAAGGGGGUCGAGUAUGGGUCGAGAGAGGUCGUGGAAAGCGAGGACGUGGAAAGCAAGGUGGAGAUCAGAAGAAGCUCGGCGAGUAUGGAGGAUAUAUCGAAGAUGGCGAAGCAGGCGGAGAGCGCGAUGCUCGGUUCGUUGGAGCCAAAGAAAGCGAGCGAGGAGCGUCCCCACGCGGGCAGUUUGGACUCGAUGCUGUACAAGGAUUCGUCGAAAUCUGGAAAGAAGGCCGCGUGCUCCUCGCCGACUACCGCGUCGAAAAAAUCUUCCCCCGGCCUGUUGUCGCGGUUCAAGUCCGGGAUGAGCAUGGACAGCACGAGGAGCAACAGCAACAGCGACUCGUUGCACGACCAGAGCUCGCAAUCCCCGAGCGGUUGGAUCUCCUCGUUGACGGCGAGCUUCCGGCCGAAGAGGCAGCAGGUGGCCUCGGAACCGCCACCCUUCUCGUCCUCCCAUCCCCCCCGUUCGCCGAGUCGAGAGGAGAUCAAGUGAUACGGUCUACGAUUGGUCGAGGACUCAUCCGAGAAACAAUUGUCGGGCCUGCACAGGUGGCUGGCCGAG